AUGGGGAUGGUUGAGAAACUGUUCUUGGAUUCUCAGGAGAGGCAUCACGACUGCAAUCGUCCUUGUCAUAUCCAUGUUCGCUUCUCGAUAACUGCCCACUUGUUUCAAUUUGAAAUAUUUUAUGCCUCAGGACGUAACAGGAUCGCUAUUGAAUCCUCCGCAAGCAAAGGGCCUGUUCAAACCGGAGCUAGUGGCACCAAUGGCAUAGGCAAGAAAGCUCAAAACACUGACGAGGGGUUUGUGACAGUAGUUGAUGAAAUACUUCCACCGUCGAAGCGGAAAGCAAGCGAAAUUUCAGAAAAAGAAGAGAGUACUUAUAGUAACGCGCUCUUGUCACGUUUGUUCGAUGAAGAGGAUCAAGUAGAUCAAUUUUUCUUCAACAACCCGAUUUCAGAAUGGACAAACGCAGCGGUCGAUGGUCAAGUCCGUGAGCAUGCUAGUAACAUCCUGAGAAUACGUGAGUCAAGUUUCCGAACAGAUUAUUUUUAUGAAGACUUACUACAUCAAGAUGCAGCCAACAAGCGAAGACUUUUGCUUAUGGAAGGUGAAGAAGAAGAACCACCGCACCUUGCGUUGCAUUUCAAUCUUGUGUCAGGUGAAUCGGAGGAUGAAGACUUUCAACUUGGGGAAAAGGAAUUAGAAACAGACUCAGCAGCUACACAUGAUGAAGAACUAGCUGGAGAAAUACCAGAGCCAAUUGAGAUGGAUUCUCUCGUUGGUCCAGGGGAGUUUUCAAGUCAACUAUCAACAGAGGGUUGCCUUGUGAUUGGUGGCUGUGAUAUUUCAACUACAGUUAUGAGAGAUCGAAGAGCCAUAAUAACGCAGUCAACACGGACUGAUGUAGAAGAUCUGCUGUUAAUAUUUAAGGUUGAUGAGGCAUUCCCAUCUCACAACCCCAUCAGCUUACAGCCCGGAGAACUAGACCUUCUUGGACGGCUUGCAGCCUAUGCAACAACAUACUCGUAUAAUCAACUCCGAGAAUGGUUCGAGCAGGAACCAAGAUUAGCAUCAUCAAUCGUAUACCGUGCCAUAUCAUCAUACUUCUGGAAGGCAGGACUCUGGUUAGACUGCAACUGGUACAGAAAGGGUGCAGGUGAUAACGAAGAUACGUUUACUAACUGCCUCAUCAAGCCAUUGUUGACUGGAACAUUUGGUGACUUUGCAGGGUGCUCGUUUCGAUGGAGUCGCGAUUCACUGCGAUCUGGAAGAUUUGAGGAUCCUGAUGCCAGGCUACAAUUGCCUGAUUAUCAAGUGUCGACUGGAGCACACUCAAUUGUCUUAGGUGAAUUUAAGACAGCGAUGGCAUCAAAGAAGGUUAUGCAGGAUGAUUAUAUGAAGUUGGUCUUCAUGGGUAAAGAAGCCGUAGACGGCUUGUACAAAGCAGGAUUUCUCACACCUGUCAUUCUCAUACAUGGCAGAGGUAUGUCAGUGGAUGCAUACCGUUUGAGCAUUCAUUCCGAGGCUAUUUACCACUUACAGUCGCUAGGAACAUUUCGACUUGUUUCAGGACCACUUGAACUCUCGCUGCUUCUUGGUAUCGGACCUCUGGUGUCUGCAAGGGCAAUUGCACUAUCGACAUUUGAUAUGAUCAAGCAACGAAGAAGAGCUACCUUGGAUAAGAAAUGGAUAAGAGGCAACAAAAAUAGCUACUGUGAAGUGUUGAAAAUUAGCGAACCAGUUACCACAAUUAGAGUUGAUGAUGAGGCAGAGCAGAAGAGCGUUGCAACAGAAAUAUGUUCCUCAUUCUCAUUUGUCUUCCCUCCACAGACUGUCAUCGCCAACGCUACCAGUGGCCUAAUUAGGAUUUGA